CAAUCUCUUUCGAAUCCACGCGCCUCUAUCUUUUUCAAUACACUCGUGAUUAGCCAGGUUUUAAUAAGAUCAGCUCACUCUUUUCAUCAUCGUCGACCUUGACCCUGUUCCUGAUAGGCUUCAGACGAAACCCAUUAUUGCUAAACUGCUGCUGGGAGUUUACUUGUCUGUAUCUUCUUGUUGGAGUCGCUGUAUCUUCUUCUUGCUAUGAGAUUUCUUACAAGUAUCCAGGACUGAUUAAUAUUUGUCGAGACCAAAAUGUUUCCCCUGUGCUCAGCCGCAAGCUGCCAUUACCAUCCUCAGAUUUUGUUUCCUGUCAAUUGGCGAGGCUGUUCUUCCUUCAGGAGAGAGUUGAUUCACAGAUACAGUUCUGGUGAUAAGGCCUUCUUUGGUAUCUCUAAUGGAACACACCUGCAGAAGAGUUUCCUACCUCAAGCCACUGGGAGUUUCUUCACCGAUACUAUCGACAAAAUAGAACAACCAGUAUCAACAUUGGGAAGUUUGUGCCGGAAUGAGUUGGACAGAAUAAACUGUGUUUAUGACAUGAGUGAAGCUGUUGUAGUGGGUGAUGGGGGACUGACAUAUGUAGAAAUUGGAGAAGAUGCUUUCCCUGUUGAAGCUGUUCCAACAGAUGUUUCCCCUGUUCAAGCUGUUGUAGUAGAUAUUUCCCCCGUUGAAAGCCUUUCUGCUGAGACUUUCACCGAAAAGACCAGUAACCUUAUAAAGUCAGUUGAGUCGGGGACCAAAUCAACUGUUGAUAUAUCUCCGGAUAGUGAUGUCUCUCUUCCGGAUACUCUAGAUCUGAAUCCGGGAUCACUUCCUGAUUCAAAAGCUAGCAUUGAUAAAUUUUCUUCUGGUGUCAAGGAGUCUUUGAGUUCUUCACUUCCUGAUGCGAAAGCUAGCAUUGAUGACUUUUCUUCUGGUGUCAAGGAGUCCUUUAGCUCAUCACUAAGCCAAGGAGAAAAUGCUGUAAAGAACACUUUGGAUUCCUUUUCCUCGUCUGUGACAUCCAUUACUAAGAAUGCUUCUGAAGUUGUAGAUAGUGCAUUUACCAGAGCAUUUUCUACGCUAGAUCAAACAGGAGAUAUAGCUGGAGACAAGUUUUCAGAUUUUUCUAUUGGCUUGAAGGAAGCUUCAAACAGAGCAGCUGCUAUUGCCAUUGAUCUUUUGAGGCAAUCAGUUGGUAUUGCAGAGAAUUCUCUAACAAAUGGAGUUUCUUUUAUUGUGUACUCUUAUGGGUCAGCAAAACAGUUACUUCCUCCAGAUGUUAAGAGUGCCCUUAACUCAUCAGAAGAUGUUGCUCUAAAAUUAUUGAGUCCCGUGGGAGCUGUGUUGCAGCAGGUAUCUGUUGCCAUUGGAGGUUUGGAGAGAAAUUUGGGUUUGGAUCCAGAUGACCCAAUCAUUCACCUUUUUCUUUUCGUAGGCACCACAGGAACCUUUUGGGUUCUAUAUCGGGUUUGGACAUAUGGUGGAUAUGCUGGAGAUUUGUCUCCAAAGUCAACUCUGGAGCUUUUAACAUCAAGAGAAAAGUCAGUGCUUGUAGAUGUUAGGCCUGAAGCCUUGAGAGAGAAAGAUGGAAUCCCGGAUCUGCGGAGAGCAGCCCGUUAUCGGUAUUCUAGCGUGACACUGCCUGAGGUUGACGGUGCUGUUAAACGACUUCUGAAAGGUGGAAGUGAAGUUGAAGAUAUCUUGACGGCAGUAAUCAUCAAGAACUUGAAAGCAGUUCAGGACAGGUCCAAGGUUAUUGUUAUGGAUGCUGAUGGAACUAGUUCGAAGGGUAUUGCAAGAGCUUUGAGAAAAGUUGGGAUUAAGAGACCAUACUUGGUGCAAGGUGGCUAUAGAUCAUGGGUUAAGGAAGGUCUUCGUGUAAAAGAGCCUAAACCUGAGACAACACUUUCCAUCCUCAACGAGGAAGCUGAGGCGAUUCUUGAGGACAUAAAUCCUUCUCCAUUGCAGCUAGUUGGAGUUAGUGUGGGGUUUUUCGCGGGAUUGUAUGCUUUGUUUGAGUGGGAGAAAACACUGCAACUCAUAGCUGUCAUUGGCCUCAGUCUGACUAUAUAUCAACGACUUUCUUCAUAUGAUGACUCCGAAGACUUCAAGGAAGACGUCAGGCUGUUGUUUGCUCCUGUGAAACUGGGAGCUCAGGCAUUCUCAUGGGCUGCAGGAAAACUUGAAACAAAUGGUGUUGGGCUCCCAACUUCACCUUCGUCCUCAGAUGUUCGAAGCCGUGUUUUGCAAGCUGCUGCUAAGCAUGAAUCUAAGCCGUCUGAUGAAACUUCUGAAAGUCUCCAAGAGGAUGCAUCAUCACCAGAAGAAGCUUUAAAGAACGUUGAUGUCUCAGAAGCGUAAAAGCUCCAACUUUUAUUUCGUUUUUUUCAUGUAAUUUCCAGGAAUUACUCCACUCGUCUCUUGGAACCGUUAACAUUCAUAUAAUUGUGAAGCAAAAGAAAAAGUGUAAUUCAACCACCUUUUCGUUUUGAUACCGCCA